GCAUAUACAUCACUUUCAUCCCCCAUCCUAUCCUCUCCCUCUCUUACCCCAAAACGAAACGAUAUAUAACUAACGGCCCAACAAACGCCGUCCGUUCCCUUUGCCAAAAGCCGUCAAACAUUUCCCCGUCCGGCGUUAUCAUCUGCCACGUAUCACAAACUUCGGCAAUAUAUAUUCCCCCCUCUCCCCCACUUCAUCACUCGAUCACACACUACUAGUUUUCUCAUUUUCACCGUCGCCGAUCUCUCAACCAAACAGCUCCCCGCUUCUUCCUCUUCAUCUCCAUCAAUGGCGAAGGAUCCCGUCCGCGUUCUCGUCACCGGAGCUGCAGGUCAAAUUGGGUAUGCUCUUGUUCCCAUGAUCGCUAGGGGAGUGAUGCUUGGCACCGACCAGCCGGUGAUCCUCCACAUGCUUGAUAUCCCACCGGCAGCUGAGGCACUGAAUGGUGUCAAGAUGGAGCUGGUUGAUGCUGCCUUCCCACUUCUUAAAGGUGUUGUUGCUACAACUGAUGUUGUGGAGGCCUGCACCGGAGUCAACAUUGCAGUCAUGGUUGGUGGUUUCCCCAGGAAGGAAGGUAUGGAGAGGAAGGAUGUGAUGACCAAGAACGUCUCCAUUUACAAGUCCCAGGCUUCUGCCCUUGAGAAGCAUGCUGCUGCUGGCUGCAAGGUUCUGGUUGUUGCUAACCCAGCAAACACUAAUGCUUUGAUCCUGAAGGAAUUCGCACCAUCUAUCCCUGAGAAGAACAUUACUUGCUUGACUAGGCUGGACCAUAACAGGGCACUUGGUCAGAUCUCGGAGAGACUGAGUGUUCCAGUUUGUGAUGUGAAGAAUGUGAUCAUUUGGGGGAAUCACUCAUCUAGUCAGUAUCCUGAUGUCAACCAUGCUACUGUUGCCACUCCAUCUGGUGAUAAGCCUGUCCGAGAGCUUGUCAAGCUGAAUGCUGAGUUCAUCACCACUGUCCAACAACGUGGUGCUGCAAUCAUCAAGGCUAGGAAGCUCUCGAGUGCUCUAUCUGCUGCCAGCUCAGCUUGUGACCACAUCCGUGACUGGGUUCUUGGAACCACUGAGGUUUGACAAAUGCUUUAAUUGAUCUCAUCGUUGAUAGGAUUCCCUGUUGAAUCAUAGUUUUGGUUUCCUAAAUCCUGCUUGGACGUGCCUGCAGGGUACGUGGGUUUCCAUGGGUGUGUACUCUGAUGGUUCAUACAAUGUCCCUGCUGGGCUCAUCUAUUCCUUCCCUGUUACAUGUCAGAAUGGGGAAUGGAAGAUUGUGCAGGGACUUCCAAUUGACGAAUUCUCGAGGAAGAAGCUGGAUCUGACCGCAGAGGAGUUGAGCGAGGAGAAGGCACUGGCUUACUCUUGCCUUAAUUAGGUGCUGUGCGUGAGUGCAGCUGCGAUGCCCCCUCCCCCAUUUUAAGUUUCUCUACAACUGCAGGGGCAUGGCUACUAUUUUUGAAUAAAAAGCCUCUUUCUCGUGGUGUUAAUGAAUGCAAAGCCCGGGGAUCCUGUGAUCUGCUUUAGACGUUUGCUUGAGGGAUGGUGCUCUUUCAUGUGUGAUGAGGAUAUCUUAGAUUUAUAAGUGAAGAUUUGAGACUAUGCAGAAACUGUUGUAUUCAGAAUUUUGAUUUGGCAGAUUAUAAUCUUCAACUGCUCCAACUAGUGUCCUGUUUUAGCCGAGUCCGGUUAUUUUGUGUGUGUUUGAUUUAACUAGGGCAUCCAGAUUUCCAUGUUCGUUCACUAGGCCUCCAGAUAAGGGCAGGUUGUGUGUAUGCAUGACAAAGGUCGCCCUCUUCAUGGUGGAUCAAAUUCUCUGGGCUCCUUGGCCCAAUACGAAUUUUGCAAAUGGUAGGACUCAUUGGUCAAAAUGCAUGCUAGGGGUUUAUGGAUGCUUGGCCCAAUACGAAUUCUGCCCUGGUUCAUUUGUCCAAAUGCAUGAUAGGUCCGCUAGGUUGGGUUCUCUUGCAUAUUGAUAUUGCAGUCAGUAUUUUACCGAAUUCUGUUGGAGGAUGCCCCAACUGGAUUGACUUUGGAUUUCAAAAAAGUCUGACCCAGUUCGAC